AAAGAAAGGAAAAGUUUACUCCCUCCCGUCUCCUCCAAACACACCAGACCUGGCUAGAUUUCACCCUGAAUCUCGUAGUUAGAGGCAGGAGUUACAGGAGUAACUCACCAUCUAAGAAUCCUCCAUGCCCUCUCCUUCCACUGGAAAGGACAAGCAGCUCGUGUUUCAGCUUGCCCACGCAGGGGGGGUAGGGGACCCGUGCCCAGAGGUGAGCAGGCUCCAUAAAGCCCCUGACACAGGUUAUUUGGAGCCCAGAAGCUGCUCAGAGCUGCAUCUAGAUGAACAUCAUUCAUCCAUGCGUGUUUCUUCUCCAGUCAGUACCAAAAAGGACUGCAAACCUACACGGCCUCAUCUCUCAUCUAAGUCCUUGAGGUGUUUACUUUAAAAACACCAAUCUGGACCACUAACAACUACCGAACUGCCGCAGCUGGAGGAUUUUUGAAAAAUGAAAAAAAACAAACCAAAACAAAAACACCCCGCAUACUCAGGAUACUUCUGUAAAUCGAGCACACGGCGCAGUCGUUUGCACUAAUGCAAAUAUGCUCAGUGAGUGGAACCGCGUUAGUCACUUCCCGCACAAAGCUGCCCUGCCCCAUUUCAGCCGCCAAACGCCCAUUUCGGAAUCCCGCGGCGGCAGGAGCGGGGUACAAGGGGCGGCGGGAGGGGGCAGCGCCUCCGCCUCUUCCCGGGGAGCGGCCAUCCCGCCCACCGGCGGGCGGGAUACUUAAAACUGCGCGGGAGCUGCUGGGAACCCCCUGGGCUCCCGCUCCGAAAAGCCAUGUCCGCCCCCGCCAAGCGGCACUGCCAGAGCCCGGCCGGCUCCCUCGACUCCAGCUUCCAGAAGCGCCUCAGGAAAGUUUCCAUCGAGGGGAACAUCGCUGCAGGGAAGUCAACGUUUGUGAGCCUGCUGGAGAAGCACAGCGAUGAGUGGGAGAUCAUUCCCGAGCCCAUCGCCAAGUGGUGCAAUGUCCAGACAACCGAGGAUGAGUAUCAGGAACUUUCAACGUCUCAGAAGAGCGGAGGAAAUCUGCUUCAAAUGCUGUAUGACAAACCCACAAGAUGGGCUUACACCUUUCAGACUUAUGCUUGCUUGAGCCGAGUAAGAGCACAGUUAAAACCAGUCUCAGCAAAGCUACAGGAAGCAGAACAUCCAGUGCAAUUUUUUGAGAGAUCUGUGUACAGUGACAGAUAUGUAUUUGCUUCUAACUUGUUUGAGUCUGGGAACAUUAAUGAAACAGAGUGGUCUAUCUAUCAGGACUGGCACACAUGGCUCUUGAAUCAGUUUCAAUCAGAUAUAGAACUGGAUGGCAUGAUCUACCUCAGAACCACACCCCAGAAAUGCAUGGAAAGGCUACAGAUGAGGGGAAGAGAAGAGGAACAAGGAAUUGAGCUUGAGUAUUUGGAAAACCUCCACUAUAAACACGAAACCUGGCUCCAUGAAAGGACUAUGAGAGUUGAUUUUGAGAACCUUAAAGAGAUUCCUAUUCUAGUUUUGGAUGUUAAUGAAGAUUUUAAAAAUGAUGAGAUUAAACAGGAGUACCUGAUCGAUAAGGUCAAGUCUUUCCUGACUUCUUAAGAAGAUGAAAAUUAAUUCAAACAAGUCCCUGAAGUUCCAGAUUUAGACUUAACAAUCAGUGUGUUCAAGAAUUAACUUUAACCAAAUGAAUUACCUGUAUAGCUUAUUUUAAAGCAAGACCAAAACAUAAAAUGUCAUUUGGGUUUUUUUCCCUUGUCUGACUUGCGUGAGUUUGAUAGUUUUCUGUAUAGCUAAAACGAACAAAUAUGGGGCGCUUCGAUAAUGUUUUUCCUGUGUAUUCUCCACUGUUUAAUAAAGAUCUAAAAGUC